CCCGGGCCAUUCCCGCUUUAAGGACCCGGGCCAUUCCCGCUUUAAGGAGGGAUCCGGGUCGUUACCGCUUUAAGGCGCUCCUGGAGGUGGCUGGGAAAGAAGAUGGCGGCGCCGCGGGAGGAGGAAGAGAGUCUGGAGGCGCGGCUGAAUAAAGCUACAAAUCCCUUAAACCGAGAACUGGACUGGGACUCGAUUACAGCAUUCUGUGACCAGCUGAACAAGGAAUUGGAAGGACCCCAGCUUGCUACAAGAUUUCUGGCACAUAAGAUCCAGUCCCCACAAGAAUGGGAAGCUGUUCAAGCCUUGACGGUCUUGGAGACGUGUAUGAAAAACUGUGGCAAAAGAUUUCACAAUGAAGUUGGAAAGUUCAGAUUUUUGAAUGAACUAAUCAAAGUGGUGUCGCCCAAAUAUCUUGGAACACGAGCUCCUGAGAAGGUGAAAAAUAAAGUCCUAGAAUUGAUGUUCAGUUGGACAGUGGGUUUACCAGAUGAACUGAAGAUCACAGAAGCUUAUCACAUGCUGAAAAAGCAAGGAAUUCUAAAGCAGGAUCCCGUGUUGCCUAAAGAAGAGCUUCUCCCUUCACCCCCUCCACGUCCAAAGAAUGCUAUGUUUGAAGAUGAGGAAAAAUCGAAGCUACUGGCAAGACUGCUGAAGAGCAACCACCCUGAAGAUCUACGAGCUGCAAAUAAACUAAUCAAGGAGAUGGUCCAGGAGGACCAGAAGAGAAUGGAGAAGAUUUCUAAAAGAGUGAAUGCAAUUGAGGAGGUGAACAAUAACGUUAAACUUCUGAGUGAGAUGCUGGAGAACUACAGCAAAGAUGAAACCUCGGAGAGCAAUGAAGAAAUAAUGAAGGAAUUGUACCAGCGAUGUGAAAAGAUGAGACCCACACUAUUCAGAUUGGCGAGUGAUACUGAGGAUAAUGAUGAGGCUCUCGCUGAAAUCCUCCAAGCGAAUGACAACUUAACGCAGGUCAUUAACACGUACAAGAAGAUCGUGAAAGGCGAAGAAAUCAAUGGGGUGACUGACACGCCGAGCAUUAAAGCCAGCCGCUCUGCACUACUAGAUCUGUGUGGGUUGGAGACUGGAUCAAAUGCUCCAUCCUACCCUGCUGCCCCCGCUAAUCAACAUUGGAAUGCAGAGCUCGCAUCAGAUCUCACCGGCUCCAUAUCAUUACUAGAUGAUGAAUUAAUGUCAUUAGGGCUGAAUGACCUCGUCCCCAAUACAAUGCCCACAACGCAGGCUGUCGACUCAAGCAAUUGGAAUACAUUUCAGUCUGCCGAGUCUGAUGAGCUGAGUGGCCCUGCAGCCUCUGUGGAAGCCAGUAUGAUGUCUACGGAAUUGCUAAAGCCAGCUACUUCGACUGCCUGCCACCAAACCCCGGCUGCCAGCGCAGGAAGUAAAGCCUUGGACGACUUGGAUAUGUUGGGGAAAACUCUCCUUCAGCAGUCGUUGCCUCCGGAAUCUCAACAGGUUAAAUGGUCGGCUCCUCAGCAAAGGCAAACACUUCGAGAUCUCCAGAACAAAGCAGGCACUAACUCCGCAUCUGCCAUGGACACCAUGCCACUCAUGCCUGCUUUGACCAAGAGUGUCUCACCGAUCUUGACAAGACCGAUCCCUCCAACAGGCCUUACCCCUCACCCUGAUCAGCCACUGGUGUUUGGGCAUGGUUCGUUACUUGCCUCAGCCUCUGCCGGUGCCUCGAGCAUAGGACAACGUGGAGCUCACUCCAGCGCUCACUCCGGCCUCAAAUCAUCACUGCUGUCUCACCAGGAAAUAUCGCUAACUAAUGUUUUAGUACCUCUAGAAUCUAUAAAACCAAGUAGCAUCUUACCAGUGACAGUGUACGAUAAGAAUAGCUUUCGCAUUCUCUUUCACUUUGCAAAGGACCCCCCUCAUGGCCAGCCUGAUGUGUUGGUGGUGGUCACGUCUAUGAUAAGCACAGCACCACAAACGGUGAAAAAUAUAAGAUUCCAAGCUGCUGUUCCAAAGGUCAUGAAGGUGAAACUUCAGCCUCCCUCUGGCACCGAGCUGCCAGCAUUCAAUCCUCUCGUUCCACCUUCCGCAAUUACACAGGUCUUGCUUCUAGCAAACCCACAGAAGGAGAAAGUGCGAUUACGAUACAAGCUCACGUUUGCGCUGGGCGACCAAACCUUCAAUGAAAUGGGAGACGUGGACGAGUUCCCACCUCCAGAGUCCUGGGGGAGUCUCUAACACGGACACAAACAGACACUACAUGGGCACCUCUCUACUCUAUUGCUAGGAGACCGCCUGCAUUUUACUUAUUAGGGUGAACUUAAAAGGGGUGACCAUGGUUUUAAAAUGGUGUCCUGACGCAGUCCGUUUCUAAUUUCUAGGGCUGAUCUUACCACACAAUAAACUGCUCCGGAGCGACAACUCUGUUCUGAUACUGAGCAAGACCUUGUUACUCCUGCUGUUAACUAGUUAUGUCACAAAUAGUUUCUCCCCCUCCCCCCCCCUCUGUGUGCAAUAGUGUUGCAGCUCCUGUCGUAAGGACUCCAUAACUUUAUUCAGUAUGUGAUAAAAUCAUUCAAAGUUUUAUUCCUGACUCGUUUCAAAGUCUACUUUUUCGGAGGCGCUCGUUAGCGCCCGCCUCUGUUGGUGUGUCGCCUUCUGGAAUAUGAUUUUUAUUUUAUUUUGUCCGCAAGUUUGGAUGAAUAAGUGGCAGAAGUUGUGGCUAGUGGACAGGAGAAGGGUUGGAGCCGAGAGGUUCAACUUCCCAGUUCCUGCCCUUGGGUAGCGUGUUACCUUGGAUAUUAGGUAGCGCGUUGGAGGCUGGUUGUGUGCUCCAAUGUUGCGGUUUGUUCGUGAUUUGGUCAAAGAAUGUGGGAAGAAACUGCUGGAGUAGCUGAGUGAGGCAGGCAGUAUCUCUGGAGAGAAGGAAUGGGUGACGUUUCUUUAGUCUGAAGAAGGGUCUCGACCCGAAAGGUCAGAGAAAGAUAGACAUAGAAAAUUGGUGCAGGAGUAGGCCAUUCGGCCCUUCGAGCCAGCACCACCAUUCAAUAUGAACAUGGCUGAUCAUCCAAAAUCAGUACUCCGUUCCUGCUUUACAUAGAAAAUAAGUGCAGGAGGAGGCCAUUCGGCCCUUUGAGCCAGCACCGCCAUUCAUUGUGAUCAUGGCAGAUCAUCCACAAUCAAUAAUCCGUGCGUGCCUUCUCCCCAUACCCCUUGAUUCCACUAGCCCCUAGAACUCUAUCUAACUCUUUUAAAUUCAUCCAGUGAAUUGGCCUCCACUGCCUUCUGUGGCAGGGAAUUCCACAGCUUCAUAACUCUCUGGGUGGACAAAGUUCCCCGUUCCUUCUCCCCAGAGAUGCCUCCUGACCCGCUGAGUUACUCCAGCAUUUCGUGUCUACCUUCGGCGUAUACCGGCAUCUGCAGUUCCUUCCUACACGAAUGUUGGAAAGAAUCUGGGUGGUGGGAGAAGGGGCAAAUAAAGUCCAGCAAGGAGAGGAAUAAUUUUUAAUGUCCGAACCACUGCAAUUUUCCAUCUCAAACAGAUGCAGAGUUAAGACUAUGCCCCUUGAUUUAGCUUGCAUGUAUUUCUGUUUGGGGGGGGAAAAAAAGCUAGUUCUUCGGAUGUACAUGAUCUGUUUCUCCUCUGCACCCAACAAGGCCCAAGUAGUUCACAAGGAAUAUUUGAAGCGGGUGUCCCUUGCUGAAGUUUGGUUUGCUCACCUUGGCUUCCCCAUGGCUGGUUCAGCCACAGAGUAUCCAGCUGAGAAUACUGACCUUAUGCAGCCUUUAAGUACGUACCUGCGGGUGAGAAACCUAAUCCCUUUGCUCUUCCCUCUCCGGUGUAAAAAUAGCUCGGCAAAUAGUGUGAUCUUGUCCUGAUCUGAAAUCUUCAAAAUGAGCAAUACUAACCUGAGACAUCGGGUGGCCACUGUGGCGCAGCGGGUAGAGUUACUGCCUCACAGCGCCAGAGACCCGGGUUCCAUCCUGACUACUGGUGCUUGUCUGUACCGAGUUUGUACCUUCUCCCCGUGACCUGCGUGGGUUUUCUCCGAAUUCUUCCGUUUCCCCCCACACUCCAAAGACGUGCAGGUUUGUAGGUUAAUUGGCUUGGUAUAAAUGUAGAAAUUGUCCCUAGUGGGUGUAGGAUAGUGUUAAUGUGCAGGGAUCGCUGGUUGGCACGGACCCGGUGGGCUGAAGGGCCUGUUUCCGCCCUGUAUCUCUAAGUGCUUUCAUGUCACAGGGUGAUGGAGCAUUGGUGAAAUAAGCGUUAGGAAGAGAAGUUAGAACAACUUGAGACUGAGGUAGUAAUAAACUCUGCUUUAAUCCAAGUGCAGGUGAUAUGCUUUGCAUUUUUAAUGUUCCUUAAAGUUAGUUUAGUGCCAGUAAUCACUGUGAUUAGUGUGAAGGUAGACACAAAAUGCUGGAGUAACUCAGCGGGACAGGCAGCAUCUCUGGAGAGAAGGAACGGGUGACGUUUCAGGUCGAGACCCUUCUUCAGCCUGAUUUUGUGCCUAUCUUCGAUUUAAACAAGCAUCUGCAGUUCCUUCCUGUACGUGAUUCGUGAGACCCCUACUGUUGGACUUGACUCUUAAACUCCUGAGGGAAAAUUCUUUCCCGAGAUCCUUACUUGCAGGUGAAUCGAGCAAGGAUUCAGAGUGGCUCUUUGCACAGUGGGCUACAGAUGCAGGCUGUAGAGCCCUGUGCACAAAGCUGAGACUUAACUGGGAGGAGGGUCCUGGUGGCGGAUGGAGAAAGACAGAGUGGAUCUUGGGCACCAUAUGUGGCAGAGACAUAGAGAUUUGCAGCGUGGAAACAAGCCCCUUUGGCCACUCUUGCCCAAACCGGCCAAAAUGUCCCAUCUACAUUAGUCGCACCUGUGCGUUUGACCCAGGUCCUUCUAAACCUCUCCUAACCAUGUGGCUGUCUGAUUGUUUCUUAAACAUUGCCUCAAUUACCUCCUCCUGUAGCUCGUUACUCCUCACAUUCCUAUUAAAUCUCUGCACCCUCACCUUGAACCUAUGUCCUCUGGUCCUCGAUUCCCCCCCACUCUGGGCAAGAGACACUGUGUGUUUUCCCGAUCUAUUCCUCUCAUGAUUUUGUACACCUCCGUGCGAUCACCCCUCAUCCUCCUGCGCUCCAAGGAAUAAGAGUCCCAGCCUGCUCAACCUCUCCCUAUAGCUCAGGCCCUCAAUGAAGAGUAUAGGUGCACAUCAGUGGAUGGGGAUGUGGUGGGUUUGAGCAGUGGACUAUUUCAGCUGGAGUGGCUCGGCCCACUCAAGUACUGAACGGAUAAUGUACAUCGACCAAGGCGAUAGUCGCCUCCAAAAAUAGAGGCGUGAAAAUGAGAAUGUGGGUGAGGCCUUACACUUAGAGUUUGCACAUGUGGUCUGCAGAAUGCACAAGUGAUAGAUGACUUGUUAGUCUGUGAGCUGGAACGUGGUUGAUUACAAGGGUCCUCUUUAACUGGAUCUUAAUUCCGAUCGCAGAAAUCAUUACAUAUCUGAAGGUAGACAAAAACGCUGGAGGAACUCAGCGGGCGAGGCAACAUCUAUGGAGCAAAGGAAUAGGUCGAGACCCGAAACGUUACCUAUUCCUUCGCUCCAUAGAUGCUGCCUCACCCACUGAGUUUCUCCAGCAUUUUUGUCUACCUUCGAUUUUUCCAGCAUCUGCAGUUCUUUCUUAAAUAUACUGCACUAUUACAAUGGAAGUUUAUGUGGCAGUGAGCCAGCGUUUUGAGGUGUCGUGACAUUUGGACAAGAUUAGAUUAUGUUUUUUUAUGCUUAGUUUAGAGAUGCAGCGUGGGAACUUCGGCCCACCGAGUCCACGCCAACCAAUGAUCAACCAUUCACUAGUUCUAUCCCACGCGCUACAUGAGGGACAAUUUUACCGAAGCCAAUUAACUUCCAAACCUGUGCGCCUUUGGGGUGUGGGAGAAAAACAGGAGCUCACACGGUCUCAGGGAGAGCGUACUAACUCCACACAGACAGCACCCGUUGUCAGGAUCGAACCCGGUUCUCUGACGCUGUAACGCAUACCGUAUGGUUCAAGCACAUAAUUGAGGCUUGUUCUUAAAAAAAAAAAAUAAAAUAAAAUUGAGUAAGACAAAAUAAAACUAGGAAAAGGCUGGAAAAGUGUUGGAGAAUUAGCUUUUUUUUUCCGCGCAUAAAAUAAUUCACGAAGGGUGCGCGCAGCGGGUAGUGCCGCUGCUUCACGGGACCAGGGUUCGAUUCUGACCUCGGGAACUGUCUGUGUGGAGUUUGCAGGACUCCCUGUGACCGCGUGGGUUUCCUCCGGGUGCUCCGGUUUCCUCCCACUUCCCAAAGACGUCGGUCUGUAGAUAAAUUGGUUAGCUGUAAAUUGCCCCCAAGUGUGUGGGGAGCGGUUGAGAAAAUUGGAUAGCAUAGAACUAGUGUGAAUGGGUAACGGCUAGUCAGUGUGGACUCGGUGGGCCGAAGGGCCUGUUUCCAUGCUGUAUCGAAACUAAACUAACUGAAUAUAGCAGUUGUGUUGGACCAUUUGCAGACCACUAGUUGCUUGUGAAUCGGCAGACUUCAUUUCUCAUGAAACUGGGGAUGUUGCUGAAACAAUUCAAUGGCAUCUGGGUUGUGCUGACCCGUUGCCCCAGUCCGUUCCCACCAACCUAAUGACCACGGCCUUUUUUCCCGUUCAAAACGUGGUGUGCGUUAAAUUGUUUUUUAAAUAACCAGUGCUCGAAUAAAAUGCAAGGAAAUGUUACCCAAAUGAACACUAGAUGCAAGACAAAAACUUCCCUUCAUCGACUCUUCAACGAAAGCCCCACAAACAACACUAUCCACAGCCGAGAUCAAUGAGCUCGGCCAUGUUGGCUGCCUCUAAGCCACAUUGUAAUGCCUUGCAUAGUGGUAUUAACCUGAAACCCUAGGAACGCUAUUCACCAUUAUUCAAUCCUCAAUCCCAUGUUGUUUUUGGACCUGUUCAGGGUUUGUCUGGGAGGUCAUUCUUGACCACCAGUUGCAGUUCAGGAUUUUGACCGUUCAGGAUCCAUAAAGAUGGUAGAAUGUAUGGCAGACUUGAAUUUAAUUUUAUUAAUUAACGUCGGGAGCAAGAGAAUCACUUUGCAACCAAGUGACUCCUUUCUUUCGAGAUCUGAGAUCAAGACAACGGUGCGGCGGGUGGAGCUGCUGCCUCAGAGCCAGAGACCUCCCCCCCCCCCCCCCGUUCGAUCCUGACCUCGGUUGCUGCCUGCGUGGAGUUUGCACGUUCUGUCUGUGACCGCGUGGGUUUUCUCCGGAUGCUCCGGUUUCCUCCCACACUCCAAAGACGUGCAGAUUUGUAGGUUAAUCGGCCCUCUGUAAAUUGUCCCCAUUGUGUAGAGAGUGGAUGUGAAAAUGGGAUAACACGGGGCUACUGUGAACGGGUGAUCGAUGAUCUGUGUGGACUGAUGUAUCUGUGUCUAUGCACGUCUCCACACUAAACUAAGCGUAACCAAUGCCUUUGAAGUGCAGGACUUGCCCAGGUUGUUUAAGGUCUGCCUCAGAAAGUGGACAUGUAUUUAGUGUGAGCAGAGAUAUGCUGAUACUGUUCUCUAAACAUUGCACAUCUACUGAUUUCAUUAAAUCCCCAGCUUGGGGGUCUGUAGAACUAACUUGUGUAUAUAUUUAUAUGGUCCUCGAGAAUUAUGUACAUUAGAGCAAAGAUGUAUUUAUGGGAAUUAAUGUGUUCUUUUCCCAGGAUGGAGUCACAGUGACGUGCUCUUGGCCUGCCUUUUCUUUGUGUAUAUUUUUCAAUAAAUUCCUCAAAGUCA